AUGGCGUCUACGUCGAGGAUCGCGUCACGCGCAGCUGCUUCGGCCGCUCGCUCGACAUCUCGGCAGCAUCUCACGGCGACACGGACUCCACUUCCAGCCUUGCUCUCAAGCAAAGCUUUCCCUGCUGUUGUCAACGCAGCGAACAACGGCAGAGUCGGAAAUACUGAUAGAAGAACAUUCAGCGUAUCAUCCUCCACUCAAAGACUGCAGCGCUCCACCUCUGCCGGUCCAAUACUCACAAGUUCCAACCCAGACCAUGAAAAGGACAACGACGAACUGCGCUCGCUCUUCGACGCACCUCCCUCCUCCUCCUCAGCAAACAACCUGCGGUCUUCUGGGCCAUCAACAGGUCUGUUCGAGAUUCCAUCGCUCACCUCGCCCCAGAACUUUCUCAUCCUCGCCCAACAGACGCUGGCGCGCGCACAGCUGCUCGUAGACCGCAUCGACCGUGCAGGCUCUGCCGAUGCGAGCACCGCCCAAGGCGUCAAGGAACUCCGCGAGGUUGUGCGCAACCUGGAUCGACUGAGCGAUCUUCUCUGUGGCGUCAUUGAUAUGGCCGAGCUCGUGCGCAACGCGCACCCGGAUCCAGAGUGGGCCGAAGCCGCCAAUGCUGCCUACGAGUAUCUGUGCGGCUACAUGAACGUGCUCAACACCCACACUGGCUUGUACAGUGUGCUCAAGAGCAUCCUCUCCAACCACGAGAUCGCCUCAACACUCUCAGCGGAAGCGACCGCGGUGGCAAACGUGUUCUUGCGCGACUUUGAGAAGUCGGGCAUCCACCUCCCACCGGCAGAGAGGGAGCGAUUCGUACAGCUCAGCGACGAGAUCCUUGUCCUCGGUCGUGGGUUCCUCCAAGAUAUUGCAGGAAACGACGCAUCGGACGACUUUGCACGCAAUGCCAGCGCCAAGCCGGAAGCGGACAAGGAGGACAUUGUCGAAAUCCCCACGCAUUGGCUCGAGGACGUCAACCCGACCGUGCUCAAAGCUGUCCGUGCAAGCGCGAUUACGGACCGCGACGGACUGCUCACUUUCUCGGCAGCUGACCAGCCGUGGGUGUUCCAGACGCUGCUCAAGUAUGCGCCGGACGAACGAGCGCGCAAAGUGGCAUUCCGUGCCGCCAACUACGGCAGCCAGGCGCAGGUGCAGCGUCUCGAACGGUUGUUGAAGGCGCGCGCCGAGCUGGCGACGCUCACGGGCGCUGGAUCGUACGCAGAGAUGGCGCUCGGUGACAAGAUGGCCAAGGAGCCGCAAAACGUCGAGGAAUUUCUGCGGGCGCUGACCAAGCAUCAUCGUCCACGUGCCGCCGAGGACCUCGACAAGCUGCGAAGGCUCAAGCUCACCGCAUCCACUGCGGGCAAGAAGAGCAGCUCGACGUUCAACCCUUCCCCCACGCUACCCGACUUUGCACCGUGGGAUCGCGACAUGUAUACGGAACAGCAUUUCCGCAGUCCGUCGCUGCGGAGUGUCCAGCCGCUGUCGCCGUAUCUCAGUCUCGGGUCGGUGUUUGCCGGGCUUUCGCGGCUGUUCUCGGCGCUGUACGGGAUCCGGUUCCGCGCGUCCAUGGUGGCUCCGGGCGAGGUGUGGAGUGACGGACCGGGAGAUGUGAUGAAGGUGGAGGUGCUGGAUGAGCGUGAGGGGGCACGUGGCACGGGUGGAUCUGCAGAGGGGCUGAUUGGGACAGUGUAUGCGGAUCUGUGGAGUCGCGAGGGGAAGCCGGGGGGUGCGGCACAUUAUACGGUGCGCUGUUCGCGUCGGGUGGAUAAGGAUGAUGAAGCGGGCGACUUUGUGCAUGGGCGUGCGGAGGAUGGGCGCGCGGUGAGGCCGGAGGACCUGGGCGGACAGGGGUAUGGGAACCCUUUGCAGGCGCCCACGUUUGAGCAGCGAGAGCGAGAGGGACGGUACCAGUUGCCCGUUGUUGUGCUGAUGUGCGACUUUGCGCGUCCCGGUGGGGGCAAUCAGGGACCGUGUCUGCUGGGCUGGCACGAAGUCGAGACGCUCUUCCACGAGAUGGGGCAUGCGAUCCACUCGAUGAUCGGGCGCACCUCGUACCACAACGUCUCGGGCACGCGGUGCGCCACGGACUUUGUCGAGCUUCCCUCGAUCCUCAUGGAGCACUUUGUACAAUCGCCCCAGGUCGUCUCCGUUGUCGCGCGGCACCACAAGACCGGCGCCAGCCUGCCGUUCGAACAUCUCUCGUCGCACCUGCUCGCCUCCAAGUCGCUCGAGGGACUCGACACGUACCACCAGAUCCUCCUCGCCCGCUUGGACCAGCUGUACCACUCGACCGCCGCCUCGUCCCCUACCUUCGACAGCACUGCACUGUAUGCACACCUCGACCGCGAGAUGCACCUCCCCGGCGCACGCGCGCUGUCGUACACCGAGGGCGCACACCCGCAGGUGCGCUUCGGCCAUCUGUUUGGGUAUGGCAGCACCUACUACUCGUACUUGCUAGACAGGGUGAUCGCGAGCAAGGUCUGGAACCAUCUGUUUGCGCAGGACCCACUGGAUAGGCAGAAGGGCGAGGUGUUCAAGACCCAGUGCUUGAAGUUCGGCGGCGGCAAGGAUCCCUGGCAUAUCUUGGCCGAUGUGCUGCAGGCGGAUCAUAUCAGGGAUGGCGAUUCGAACGCCAUGCAGCAGGUCGGCAGGUGGGGCAUCGAGUGA